CUGUGAUGACCUUGUGACGGUCCAAUUGUUAGGCGCCCAACUGAGAUUUGCAAUGUUACCUGUAACACUCCUCAAGGCUGCAACCAAUCUUCCUAUGCUUGUUGAGUUGAAAAGUGGCGAAACAUAUAACGGCCACCUUGUUGCCUGUGAUGACUGGAUGAACAUUCAUCUCAAGGAAGUUAUUUGUACAUCUCGAGAUGGUGAUCGCUUUUGGAAAAUGCCGGAGUGUUAUAUUCGCGGAAGCAUAAUAAAGUACUUACGGAUACCAGACGACGUAAUUGAUAAGGUUAAAGAAGACUUGCAGUUAGCUAAAAUGCGUAAUCGCUCUCAGUCUGCGGAUACUGGACGUGGAGGUUUUCAUAGAAAUAAAUCUAAAGGCCGCGGUGGUAAUGCCCCCACCAAUCGAGGUCGUGGAGGAGCAGGACGUGGCGGUAAUGUGUCUGGUGGUCCUGGUCGCGGUGGAGGAUUUCGUGGAAAGUAAGAAAGUCGCUGCUUAUAAUUGCAAAUGUGCUGUUUGCUAUUUUGUACAUACUGACGGACCUACUUAUUUCCUGUUACAGUGUUAUGUAUGAAGCAUUGGUUAAUAAAUUUCAUAUAAAAAUAGUU